AGCGGCAGCGGCAGCAUGUCGGCCGGCGGAGGGCCAGUCCCGCCGCCCCCGAAUCCCGCCGUGUCCUUCCCGUCGCCGCGAGUCACCCUGCCGGCCGGCCCCGACAUCCUGCGGACCUACUCGGGCGCCUUCGUCUGCCUGGAGAUUGUAUUCGGGGGGCUCGUGUGGAUCUUGGUCGCCUCCUCCAACGUCCCUCUACCUCUCCUGCAAGGAUGGGUCAUGUUCGUGUCCGUGACGGCUUUCGUCUGUUCCCUCCUCUUCCUGGGCGUGUUCCUGUCUGGCGUGGUGACUCAGAUCAAUGCCAACUGGAACUUCCUGGAUUUUGCUUACCACUUUACAGUGUUUGUCUUCUACUUUGGAGCCUUUUUACUGGAAGCAGCAGCCACGUCCCUGCACGACCUGCAUUGUAAUACGACCGUGGCUGUGCAGCCGCUCUUGAGUGAUAACCAGUACAACAUAAACGUAGCAGCCACAAUUUUUGCCUUUGUGACGACAGCUUGUUAUGGUUGCAGUUUGGGUCUGGCUUUACGAAGAUGGCGACCAUAACACUCCUGAGACACUGAAAAUUCUGUGUGUUAGUUUCAUUUGUGUGCUUUUUAUGUCUGAUCAACUUGGAUACCAUUUUGUCCAGAUGGGACAACGUUCCAAAAGUAAUUUGUUUAGUCUAUGUAGAGGAUCUAAGUAUAAGUUUUGGUUCAUCUCAUGGGUGGAAUUUUUUUAUGAUGAUGUUAAACCGAGAAACGGCCUUUAGUUUUAUCUCUCUCUCUUUCUCUCUCUCUCUUUUUUUUUCUUCUUAUUUUAAAGAAAAUUUCCCUUUACCUCCAUCAAAUACACAGAUAUUGUUCAUGGAAAAAAGGGUAUCUCUUGUGUUUAGUGGCUCAGUCACCUGAACCUUAUUGUUAAUAGGUAACUCAAACUCCCUAAGAAAAACUCAUUUCGAGUAGGCUUCCCACUGAACUCUGUUUUAGUGUGAAACAGAGAUUAGCACUCUUUUUAUCUAAAGGUCCAGAUGGGAAAUAUUUUAGGUUUUGUGGGCCAGGCAGUCUUCGUCACAACUACUCAGCUCUGCUGUUGCUACAUGAAAACAGCCACAGACAGUACAGAAAUGGGUGAGGGCAGCUGUGUUCCAAUAAAGCUUUAUUUACAGAAACAGGCAGUAGGCUGGAUUUGGCCCAUGGGCUGCAGGCUAUAGUUUGCUGACCUCUGGUGUAAAACCUCAGCUAUGUGUUCUCUAUUUUAUUGAACUGAUCCUGAAAGGUAUAAAGCCAAUUAGACAAGCCACAUAAUAUUUAGCCUCGUUAUGCAAUAAUCACAUUGUCUUUGGGAUAAUGGUCAAACACUUACCCUGGAAAGGUCAUAUAGCUUUUGAAGCUAAUUCAAGCAGCAUCUUGGGUACGGGAAAAAGUAAUUUAUGACGUGAACCCUAGAUGCUUAAUCAACCCUAAGGGUUUUCUAACAACUGAGCAGAAUUCUCAUCUGGCAUUCUUAAAGCGAGAGCCCCAGAGACCACUAACCACUCCUGGAAUCAGUGUCUAGUGCCUGAUGUCUUGCUUCGGGUUCAUUUAUGCUUCAGAAUGCAGCUCCUUGUCCUGUGCAUGAAUAUACGAAUACUUGUGUGUAGAUAUGUGAGGCUUUACCAAAUAGGAGCUCUCUGAAGAGUGCACUUUUUCCUUCUAAUCCUUUUACAUGACUUCCUGAGUUAAAUUUGAAUGGAGUAUAUGAAAUAUAACUUAAAGGUGUAGGUCUUCACAUGUUUCCAGAAUAGUCUAUGUUGUUUUGCAUUGGUGACAAAUAACACGGAAUCGGUUUUAAAAUAACAGCCAUCACAAAAGCUGUCUCUGGCUGAAUAGCACAGAAAAGUAUUUUAACCCCCUGCCCCGAGACCCUGGUUGUGAAAAGGUGCCAAAAUGGCUUGAAGAGGAGAACCAGUUAGAGUUAGUCCCCACCACCUCCCCCCACACUAUACAAACAAGAUACUUAUCUCUUGCCCCGAAAGGGCUACCUCUGGGUAAAGUGGGCUUUGGGUUAUUUUAUACUUUCAACCCUUUGCUUUUUGGCUGAAUCAUCCCCUACAAGUGCCAUGUGUAAACUGGACCGUUAGAUUUCAUGCAGCAUAGAACAAUCCUGAAUGAGUGGCAUGAUCAAUGCUCAGUGAACAAAUGACGGUUAUGUACUAAUCCCCUAGAAAGAAGAAUCUUAUUAGGGUGUGGUUUGUGAUGUUAUUAUAAAGAUAAAAGACAUGUUUAAUAUGUGGAGAAGACGUGUUUAAUACGCGGCAGGAGGAAACCAGUCUUAGGACGGGACACUGAUGUUGUAGCUUUUCUAUGAUAUCCAACUUCCUUGGUUUUUCUAGCUCCACCCCACACACUUACACCUGUGUUAUGAAUUGUAUUUUACAACGUCAUAAAUGUGCCAUAGGGGUACGUAGUUCAUCCUGGCUGGAAUUGUUAGUCAGUCUGCUAGAUUUAGUUGUGAGAUUUUAUUUUUGUUUCUGAGGUGUAACAGGUCUAUGCUUCGUGGCUUUAAAUGAAAUGAUUUCACGAAACUGCUUUGGUGGCACUUUUGUAAAUGGAUUGCUUCUAGAUCAUUAAGAACCAAGCCCCAAACUCAUCUAACUGUGAAUACUUAGAAUUGUAGAUGAAUUGCGAUCUAGAUUUGUGAGCUGACUGACAAAACACUUGAACAAAAAUGAUGGCAUUGGAGAAUUUCUGGGUAUACCUUAGCCAUAAAAAUGAGAAAGUGUUGGCUGGUUUUAAAAUCUGGUAACUCCGUGAUGAAAAUAAAUUUAUUUUAUAAGUGUUAUGACUCUAAUAAAGUAUUCAUUUGAUAAUC